UUUUAUGAAUGAAAGGAAUCCUGUGAGUGAGUAAUUCCGGGAAGCUCGCCUUACAACUCCGCGCCGCCCCCCGCGCCGCCCGCCCCACAACAAAACUCGGCGCUGCGCUCUCGGGAGCCCGGCUCGGAGCGACCGGCGGUCGGGACCGGAGGGGGAUCGGACAGGAGGAGGGCGCGGGCCGAGACAGCAACGCCGGGACGGCAGCGGCAGCCGCGCGUGCACUGGGCGCCAGGCGAAGCGGCCGCGGGCAGAAGAAGGUGGCGGGUAGAAUGGAGGAAGAGUUGGAGACGGGCACAGGGAGGUUUUCUCCUGGACAGUGUUCAGCUAGGCUCGGACUUGGCAUUCGCUUCGGACACUGACAAGCCGGGUCGUGGUGUCAGACCACCCACCCACGUCUCACCAACGCCUGCUCCCUGCCGGGCCCGGGGCUGGUGGCCUCGACACCCAGAACUGCUCCGGCCCCGUUUCUGCCGCUAGAGCUCCCUGUCAGGUCUCAGCCCAGAGGGCACCUUCUGCAAACAUGUCUGUGGACCCCUUAUCCAGCAAAGCCCUGAAGAUCAAGCGUGAGCUGAGCGAGAACACGCCGCACCUGUCAGACGAGGCCCUGAUGGGGCUGUCGGUGCGCGAGCUGAACCGGCACCUGCGCGGGCUCUCGGCCGAGGAGGUGACGCGGCUCAAGCAGCGACGUCGCACGCUCAAGAACCGCGGCUACGCGGCCAGCUGCCGCGUGAAGCGCGUGUGCCAGAAGGAGGAGCUGCAGAAGCAGAAGUCGGAGCUGGAGCGCGAGGUGGACAAGCUGGCGCGCGAGAACGCGGCCAUGCGCCUGGAGCUCGACGCGCUGCGCGGCAAGUGCGAGGCGCUGCAGGGCUUCGCGCGCUCGGUGGCCGCCACCCGCGGCCCGGCCGCGCUCGUGGCGCCAGCCAGCGUCAUCACCAUUGUCAAGUCGGCCCCCGGCCCGGGCCCCGCCUCCGCCCCCGGCCCCGGCCCCGCCCCCGCCGCCUGCUCCUAGUGCCGGCCACGCCCAUUCCAGGCCACGCCCCUCCGACCCCCCCCCCCCACUUCCUUCCCAAAGUGCCUAAGCGUGGUCUCUGUCCCUUGGUGCCAUUUCUCUGCAGCCACCAGCUCUUGUGGUGACCACAUGUUCCCUCCCGAGCCUGCUGUCUUCCUCGUUGUAGCCCCUAUAACCGGGACCCAAUAGGUGGCCCUGGGGUGGGGCACCUUUGGUGAGAAUGGUAGGGUGGGGUUGGCGCCUGGGGUCUCUUUUGGCGGAGAGUCCUGCCUUCUUGGACUGGGAGGAUGGAAUACAGAGCAGAUUAGAGAAGGGCUGUCGGGGAGAAGAGGGCCACCCCUCAUUGUGUAACCUGUUUGCUCAGAUCGUGCCACAGCCCCGCCUCCCCCCAGGAUUUAGGAAUAUGUCCUCUCCCGGGGCUGAGAAGUGAAGGUCAGUUAACAGAUGGGGACACCGUCCUCCAGCAGACAUGCCAGUGCCCAAGGCCAUCUGUGCUUGGUGGUUGAGCUGGGAAAGCUAGGCUUUCUUACUGCUGCCCCGAGAUUCCAGCCAGGGGAUCCCGCCGGGGGCUGGCAGGGGGCUUGUGGACACGGACUGGAAAGGGUGAUGGAAGGGCCUCCCUGACCCGGGAGCCGCCUCUGUGAGUUAAGGGAAGAGAAGUAGAAGGCCAGAGAAGGUGAUACAGAUGGAAGAGAUCGAAGGAGCUGGCCAGCCAAAGAGAACGGGGACCAAGGAGGUGACCACCCACUGUGGCAGGUGGGAAGACAGAUGCUCAAGUCCUGCAGCCAGGGGUGGGGGUCCUGAGAAGGGAAGGGUCCCACCCCUCCCCCUGGAAUGUCCACCGUGGCUUAGGGGCUGGCCACUGUCGUUGAUUGCCAUUCUCCUGGGAAGCCCAGCCCCAGCCCCAACCCUCCCUGCGCCUCCCUCUCCCCCCCUCCCCGCCCCACAAUACGGUUGUUCCUCCCCGCUGUUUAUUUAUUGCACGAAUCUAAGUUAUUCUCCCCAGCCAGAAACCUAGCACCCACUCCCUGGGAAAAGCGGUGUGUGGCCCUGCGCUGGACUUUAUAUUUUAUAUCUGCAAAUAAAUCACAUUUUAUCUUAUAUUUAGGGAAAGCCGGAUGGCAACGACCAAAAAAUGUUAAAAAAAAAAAAAAUGCAAAAAAUUCGCCCGGCCCCUAGAAUUUAUUUAUUUUCUGACUUACAGUAAGCGACUUAUCCGCCUUCUGUAUUUUGUAGACUUUCUGAAUAAAGUCGAGUUCUCUUUUUCCACGGAGAA